UUGGGAGUAUUUUUUUCCCCCUUACAAACUGGUCCCCUGCAGCAAAUGCAAAAGGCCACCCAGUCCAGGAGUCCAGGCAGGCAAGGCAGAGGCACACACACCUCACCUAUCCCCUUCCCUUCCGCCGCCGCCGCCGCCGCCGCCGCCACCACGCAAUGCAGCGCCUCUCCGUGGGAUCGGCAGGCGGCAAGCCCCGCCUCCUCGAGGGCGGCGCGGCGGCGGGGGAGGAGGAGGAGGAGGAGGAGAAGGCCGGGAAGGCGGGGCGGGCGGCGCCGGACAGGUCCAUCCACAUCAUCCCCGUGCUCACGCUCCUCUGCUUCCUCGUCCUCUUCCUUCUCUCCCACGACCCGGCUUCCUCCUCCCUCGCCAUCGCCACCGAUUCGCCGGUGCUGGCCGCCGCUCGCACCCUCGAGGCCACAGCGGAAACGACGGCGUCCAUCGCCCGCAGCGGCGGCGUCCACCGCCGGUUAAAGCAGGAGCCGAGGCUGGCCCGCGGCCGAAGGAUGGGGAUGGCGCUGCGGCGGCGGCGCUGACGGCUAAGGCUAAGGCUGGAUGUGACGUCAGCGCAGCGCAGCUAGCCGUUGGAUUCGUUGUUGGAAUCGAAGGUGCCAAAAAGUCAGAGAAGCCGACGAGGGAGGAGUCUCUCAUCUUUCUCUUUUCCUCCUCUCUUUUCUUCCUUGGGAUCUCUCCAACUCCAACCAUAGCACCACAAGAUUACGUUGGCAGUUCAACAGUGCUACUAUAUGUAUUAUAUCUUGUGAUCUUCUUCUUAUCUUGGCCAUGAGAAUUGGAUUAGCCAUAUGUUCAUACUUCGAUUCGAUUCCAUCCACUUUUGGUUUGGUUCAUGCUAUUGGAGUACUCCUAUUUGCUGAUGUACUAUUUCUUGUGCCCUGUGAGUGACUGACCGACUGACACUGUUGAUCAGAGCCAGAUGGACAGCUCCAGCUGAUCGCCUCUAGUUUGAUGGAGUAAUUAAUUAGGCAGAGUCUCCAUUAUCCACUGUACAACCUUUGAUUAAUUGAUUGAUGUUGCUA